AUCAAAAGUAUUAACCUAAAACUAUUAAGGAUAAAUUUUUGUAGUAUUAAUGAAACGUUUUUUGUUAACAAAAUUUAUUGAAGUAAUUUACUUUAACAAUAUUGUUACUGUGUACUAAAAUUGUUAAAUGCACAUGUCGUGAAACUUAUUGUAAAUCACAAUUGUUUUUACGUUUUAAAAUGGGUGUCAUUGAACAUUUAGUUAUAGAUACUGCCGGGUUUAUUGAAAAAGCGCCACUUCAAGAUUAUGCUUCAAAUAUCUAUACUAUACAAGAAGUAAUAAAUGAAGUAACUAAUAAAAGACAAAAAACAGAUUUGUCAUUCUUACCGUACACAUUAAAUAUUUCAAAUGUAUUCCCUGAAAAUAUAAAAUUUGUUGUUGAAUUUUCAAAAAAAACUGGUGAUUUCCCAAAUCUUUCAGUUACUGACAUCAAAGUAAUUGCUCUAACUUAUCAAAUUCAUAAAGAUAAGUAUGGUACAGAAAGUUUAAAAAUUGAACCACAAUCCAAAUCAGUUGUCUUUGAUAAACCUAUCUCUAAUGAAAAUAAAAUAAUUGGUUUCUACGACCCAGACUCUGUUAGUGAUGAUAUUUCAAAAUUAACUUUAGAUGAAGAUGAUGGGUGGAUUACUGAAAACAGUUUGAAACAUGUGCUUAAUAAUAAUAAAUUGAGAAGUGAACAAGAUUCACGUGUUGGGUGUGUAACUACAGAUUAUGCUAUUCAAAAUGUUCUUAAGCAAAUUGGACUAGCAGUGAUUGCCAUAGAUGGUCGCGUUAUUAAAGAACUUAGAACAUAUAUACGGCGUUGCUAUGGUUGUUUCAAACUUACUACAAAUAUGACUCGUAUGUUUUGUCCAAAUUGUGGUAAUAAAACUUUGAAGCGUGUAGCUGUUUAUUUAGAUGAAAAUGGAAAACAGUGCAUAUAUAUUAAUGAAAAACGACCUAUUAAUUUAAAAGGUAAAAAAUUUUCAUUGCCUAAACCACAAGGAGGAAAACAUGGAGUUAAUCCAAGAUUAGUUGAAGAUCAACCAAUGCCACAUCAACGACCAUCUAGAUUGGCCAAAACUAAGACUAAUGCUUUAGAUCCUGAUUAUACAGCUGGCUUGUCUCCUUUUGCUACUAGAGAUGUUUACUCUAAAUCCGCUAUGUUAUGCUUUAAAGGUUCCUGUCAAAAACAAUGGAUGAAAAGAAAUCCUAAUGAAGUAAAUAAGAAAUGUAAAAAGUAAUCAAUAUUAAUAAAAAUUUAUAUUGCUUAUAAA